GUGGAAAAAGGUAAAUAAAGCCCAACAAGGAUGACGGCGUCCCUCGCUGCUAUAGUGGUUUGUUGAAUACAAAGGUUGCAUCUGCACUUACUUUUUUAACUUUCUUACCCCACGUUUCUACCUAUUACAUCACUUGAAAACCCUGUUCCUGAAGUAAGAAGAGAGCGGAUCAAAGAAUCAAAGACUGCAUUGGUUAGUUAGGACUACUACAGCUUAUUCUUGAUCCUCCUUUAUUCGGUUCUACUCCCCCCCCUUUUUUUUUUGCACACAUUUGAAAUGCCCUCAAGAGUUUAGAAGAAAAGAGUGACUCCUCUUGGGCUAUUCCAAUGGACUGUAUACACGCAGAUACCCUAAUAGACGCUGUCUGUCUUACGAAGCCCCGACUCCCUUUGGAUGACAAGGUUUUUUUUAUUCGUCUUUUUUUUCUUUCUUUUUUGUAACCUUCCCUUUCUUUUUUCCUCCUCUUCCUUUUCUUUUUUAUCUUGAAUACAUUAUGGAAAAAAUCAAAGAGAAACUCACAAGUCUUCGCAAUGAGGUUGAAGUGGCCAACAAAAAGGCCGCCGACCUAGAACAAAAAGUUCGAGAAUUGGAGCAAGAUCAAGAAGACAAGGACGAACAACUCCUUAACUUGCAAAAUCGUGCCAAGGAAUUGGAGGAGAGCCUUGAGGCAGCUGAAGAAGACUUGAAAGCGGCUACUACCAAUUUCCGUGAAGCUGAUUUAAAAGCUGAACAACUCAAUAAGAAGGCUGUCAAACUUGAACAGGAAAUCAAAACUUGGGACAAGAAGAACAGUGAUUUGGAAACCAAAUUGAAGGCUGCCAAAGAUGAAAUGGAUGAAUUGGAAAGCCAAAUGGAAGGUGUCUAAGUAAAACAGAGUGUCCCCUCCUUUCAUGAACCCUCCAUUUUCUCCCAACCACAGCAACAGAUACAUAUAAUGUAAUAAGCCCAGCCGUUCAAUGCAAUAGAUAAAGUUUUU